CUUGGAAACAAUACCCGCGACUGUUCUUACGUGCCUCACCGACUGAUUCGUCCACCUUUCUUUCUCUCUCUAGGUCAGAAGGAUGGCGGCACCCAGAUCAAGCUCGUCAUCGACUACCCCCACGGCGCGCAGGCUCUGUUCAAGCCCAUGAGGUUCCCCCGGGACCAGCAGACUCUGCCCAACCACUUCUACUUCACGGACUUCGAGAGGCACACGGCUGAGAUCGCCGCCUUUCACCUCGACAGGCUGCUGGGCUUCCGUCGUGCCAUGCCCGUGACUGGGCGCACGCUCAACAUGACCACCGAGCUGUACCAGCUGGCGGACGGCGAGCUGCUCAAGACCUUCUUCGUGUCGCCCUCGUCCAACCUGUGCUUCCACGGCAAGUGCUCCUACUACUGCGACACCGCGCACGCCAUCUGCGGCAGCCCCGACACUCUGGAGGGCUCCUUCGCCGCCUUCCUGCCGCCCAAGGAGAUGGCGACGCGCAAGGUGUGGCGUCACCCCUGGAGGCGCUCCUACCACAAGCGCAAGAAGGCCCAGUGGGAGAUGGACCAAGACUACUGCUCGCUCGUCAAGGACAUCCCGCCCUACGACAGCGGCCGCCGCCUGCUCGACCUCAUGGACAUGGCUGUGUUCGACUUCCUCAUGGGCAACAUGGACCGCCACCACUACGAGACGUUCCGCCUCUUCGGCAACGAGACCUUCCCCGUCCACCUGGACCACGGCCGAGGCUUCGGCCAGCCCUUCCACGACGAGAUGUCCAUCCUGGCGCCCAUCAUCCAGUGCUGCAUGAUCCGCCACGAGACGCUCAGUACCCUCAUCAGGUUCCACAACGGGCCCAAGCCGCUGAGCGAGCUGAUGCGCGAGUCCAUGGCCAAGGACCCUGUGACCCCGGUGCUGUGGGAGCCGCAUCACGUGGCGCUGGACCGCCGCGUCAAGAUCAUCCUCGAGUCAGUGAGGGACUGCGUGUCCAAGACGGGCGCACAGGAGGCCGUGGUCCACGACGACUUCUCAUAGCCGUGAUCUGACCCGGGGGCCGAGUUGUGGAUCUGAGCUGUGAUAUAAGGACCGGGACUGUAUCAGAGUGGGCAGUGUGGUACCGGGAAAGCCCCCAGUCGCCGUUUAGGAUAAGAACGAUCUCCCGCGCGUUUGCCUCGCUAGCGCUCUCAAGACUCCACGCAAAUCAUAGUACAAUUAUUGUUUGUUAUUGAAUAGUUUUGUGGAAUCAGGGUGGUGUUGAGAUGUGGUGAGGGAAUGGCUGCAGCUUUGUGCCUUUUUCCUGGAGUGGGGUAUACCCCAUAUAUGGGGUGGUAAAAAGUACAUACAUGUGUUGCAUUUAUUGACUUUUAAUGGUUGGGUAGAGUCCUCAAGCUGUUUGGAUUGUCUUUAGUGUGUGGAUGUCGUGGGAGAUCAAAGCCAUGAGCAUAUAGUUCCUGGAAGAGGCAGCUUAUGAUUUGUUGGACUCUCUAGUCAGCUGCUGAUGUGAUGCCAACUAAAAGGGCCUUUGCAUAUUGAACCAGUUAUAGCUGUAAUAAAAUAAGUAGAUUUUUUGUGAUUUUGCUUUUUUUUAAGAAAGUACAUGAGAUUUGAAAUGUUUUAUGAAUUAUGGUACUCUUUAUUUUAUUUUUUCAAAAAAAGAAAAGGCAAUGAUGUAUGUUUUUAAAAAUAUCCAUCCUCAAUCUCAACUCUGGAUCAUCUUAUUUUUUUCUUGCUUACAUAAAAUUCUCAUGGAAACACACUUAUUGCUGUAUCAAGAAUUUCAACUCUAUUUGUCCACAUAUACUGUAUUUCUUGCCCGAGAAUCUUUCAAUUUAAACAUUAAGAGUACAGAAAUACUUUGAUAUCUAGUCACUGAAAUUGGCAAAGUUUAUUUGUAUUUAGGCGACCGAAACUAGCCUGAAAAACGUAAUUAUUUAGUGACAACAUUUGCAUUGAUUGACCAGGUGCUAAACUGUUCCCAUUACUGUAGUUUUGUUGUGUCUUAUGCCACUAAAAACAUUUAAAAAAUGCAUAUAAAUGAUAUUGUUGGAAGUUCCUCCUGCUUCUGGUGUGGAGGUUUUUUGUAGCUUUGGAAAACAUAUUAGUUUUUAUGAUAGAGUAUAUUUUUUGUAUGAAUUAUUAAGACUUUCUCUUGUAAAUCUUUUAUAAAUGAAGAUAUUCUAUAUAAGAUAAUUUUUUUAGACAUGUGAGGUUUGUGAUUUUAUUUUAUUUUAAUUAACGUUGUAUGAUAUGUUUUAUGUUUCUAUGAAUAUUGAUUGUUAUCUCUGAAAGCAUCACAAGUUUUUAAUUGUUGACUUCCCAUGUAGUAUUCAGAGAGCAAAUUUAAAAUUUUUGCCAUACAAGACCCUUCUAAAUGAUGCAUCUGUUUCCAAAUUUGAUUCCAUUACUACUGAAAAUCGGUUUUGAAUGAAAAAACCAGUGGGCAAACCCAAUUGAUGUACUGUCCAUAGGAUUUGCUGAAUUGGUAUUCAAUUAAGAACAACAGGACUUAUAAAAGUGUAUAGUUGUGUGCCUGAAGUUUGUGCGCGUUUGUCUAUGAGUUUGUCAGCUUUCAACUGAUUGGCACAUAUUCAAAUUUUGUAAUAUUUUAUUUUUUUGUGAUUGAAUGUAAUUUUAGUUGUAGCCCAUGAGACUUUGUACAAAAAUGUGUAAGUAUGUGUGCAUAUGAAAUUUCAACCAUAUUAUAUAAGAGCUGAGAUUUGUGUCUUUAUUGGUCUGUUAAAAUCAUUGCACAGAAAUGAAAUGUGACUGACAUAAAUGCCAAAGGUUGUAGGUGAAUAAUUUCUAUGAGGAAAUCAUAUCUCAUGCUAUGCUAGUGAUGAGACUGGUCAUCUUAGAGGUGACAUGAUGUCUAUGGGAUGUUCUCCACUACCCCAAUAAAAUUUUGUUGAUGUUUGUUUUUGUUUCUUCAAGAAAAAGAACGUUCUGAAAAAUGUUUGUUUUGUUUUCUUUCUGACAUUAAUUUUUGUUUCAAAAACUGAUUUGUGCCAUGAUAGGCUGAGUAUCUAUGCAACAUUAUGUUUGUAUCAAAAGACAUCAAAUUUUCCUAACCAGUGACAGCCAACUAAAUUGUUAAGGUUGAGACAGCAAGUUCCUCACAAAGAAUUUGUCUGAUUUCGGAAAGAAUUUUAUUUUAAGCUUUUAUGUAAAUAAAUUCUUUUAUGACCCGAU